GUGACCAACUUUUUCCACCAUGUAGCCCCUCAUUCGCACUUUUCGUCACUUUGACCCGAGUAACCCGACUGCUUUUAUUCCACGUGUUUCGUAACAGCACAUUUUUACCGGAAGGAGCGGGAGUUACUUUUAAUUUCCGCCUUAUUCGCUUUAAAAGCCGCGCACAUUUACGGUCCUCUCACAAACGGCGUCCUGUCCCUUUAAGCGAGGGGCCGCGCAGUCCGAGCCGCAGCCUUCCUACAGGCUGAAGCUGCGCUCACUCAGGACCCAUUCACAAAUAAAGACAUCGUUUGGAAAGGAAGCGUCUGAUUUUUCAUUCAGCGGAGUCGGAGAUGUCCACCUCCGAGCGGGCAGGAGUCGCUUCUCAUGGCUGAUGUUUGGGCUUUAUGUCCGGCGGAGGCUCGAUCCAGCGCCGAGCGAACGCACACUCAACCAAAAACAUGCUCGCUUCCUGGCAGCGUUUGGUGAUUUCUUCCUCUUAAACAGCCGCCUGAAGCUUCCGUCCUUCUUUUAUUUUUCAAUUCUCUACCAAAUGAACACACUCCAGAGCCGCCGGGGACCUGACAUGCCUACGGAGCAGUGAGUUAUGGCAGCUAAAGAGGACCUGUAUGCCAAAGUGACCCCGCGGAGGCAGCGCCAGAGCCGGCCGAGCACCGUCAAACACGGCUCCACUCUGGACGUGCUGCUGUCCAUGGGCUUCCCCAAGACCAGGGCCUUGAAAGCUCUAGUUUCGACAGGAGGCAAAAACGUCCAGGCAGCGUGCGACUGGCUCUUCUCCCAUGUGGAUGACCCUUUCCUGGAUGACCCUCUGCCCAGAGAGUAUGUGUUAUAUCUGCGACCCAGUGGACCGCUGCUGCAACAGCUCUCACACUUCUGGAAACAGUCCCGCCUCUCCUGCGGCAAGAACAAGGCACACAACAUCUUCCCCCACAUCACCCUGUGCCAGUUCUUCAUGUGUGCCGAUGGGAAGGUGGAGGCUCUAUGCGACGCUCUCCAGACCACCGUGACCAAGUGGAAGGGUCGUAUCCCCCUGCCCCUCCCCUUGGAGCUCUACACCUCCUCAACAUUCAUCGGCCUCUUUGUGGAGGAGCAGAUGGCUGAAGUUCUGAAGAGCUUCGCUGCUGAUUUUGCCACUGAAGCACAUUCCAAAGCAGAUGUUCAUGUGGAGCCCCAUAAAAAACAACUCCACGUCACUUUGGCUUACCAUUUUCAAACAAGUCACCUCCCAGUGUUGGAGAAGUUGGCUAAAAACGUGGAUGCGUCAUCAGGUUGUGAUUGGCUGGCUGUGCUCUUCUCCAGGGAUAUUCGAUUUGCUAAUCAUGAGACACUGCAAGUCAUGUACCCGUAUGUGCCUCAGAAUGAUGAUGAGCUCGAGCUGGUUCAGGGAGAUUUCAUCUUCAUGUCUCCGGUGGAGCAGACCACUGCCAGCGAGGGCUGGGUGUACGGCACUUCUAUGGGCACGGGGCUGUCCGGCCUGCUGCCUGAGAACUACGUCAACCGUGCUGAUGAGUCUGAUACAUGGGUAGUCCAUGGAUCUCACUCCUUUCUCAACUGUGCCUCUCCAUCUAACUCUGGCAGCACUGUGGGUGGGUUAUUGUUUGAUGGACAACUAAAUGACAGUCUGCUUGACAGUCUUGUGGAUCCUCCCAGCCUCACUGGCCUCUGUCCUCCUAUGCAGGUAUCGAGGCCCACUGGUCAGCACUCCCUGUCCAACAUGAGGCUGUUUGUGUGCCGCCAUGGCGAGAGGAUGGAUGUUGUGUUUGGCAAACACUGGGUCACUCAGUGCUUUGACUCCAAAGGUCGAUACGUCCGCUCUAAUCUCAACAUGCCAUCCAGCUUACCAGCUAGGAGUGGAGGUCAUCGAGACUAUGAUAAAGAUUGUCCAAUUACUGUGUUUGGCUCCACCCAGGCUCGUCUUGUAGGGGAAGCCCUAUUAGAAAGCCACACCACGAUAGACUUUGUUUACUGCUCUCCUUCUCUUCGCUGCAUCCAGACUGCUCAGCACAUUCUGCAGGGUCUCCAGCAGGAGGGAAAGACAAAAAUCCGUGUGGAGCCGGGAUUAUUUGAAUGGACCAAGUGGGUUUCAGGCACAUGUUUACCGACCUGGAUCCCCCCAGCUGAGCUGGCUGCUGCUAACCUGAGUGUGGACACAACAUACAGACCUCAUAUUCCUGUAAGUAAGUUGGCAGUGUCAGAGUCCUACGAUACCUACAUCAGCAGGAGCUUCCAAGUGACCCGAGAGAUCUUGACAGAGUGCAAAAACCUGGGAAACACGGUCCUGAUUGUGGCCCAUGCUUCCUCCCUGGAGGCCUGCACUCGCCAGAUACAAGGCCUCAGCCCCCAAAACUCCAAGGACUUUGUCCAAGUUGUCCGAAAGAUUCCUUACUUGGGCUUUUGUGCUUGUGAAGAAAUGGGAGAGACCGGGGUGUGGCAGCUGGUCGACCCACCCAUCUUGCCUCUGACACACGGACCCAAUCACAGUUUCAACUGGAGGGAAAUGUUGAUGCAAGACUGAAGGAUAUGCUGUUUGGCUCACUAUCUUUAAGCAGCCUGAACUGCUGAAAAAUUAUUUAUUUUUUAACCUACACUGCUAUAAAUCCAGCCCAACUACCAAAAAAAAAACAAAACAGAAAAAGUCUGGCUUCCGUCAAAGACAUCAUGCAAAAAAUAUGUGCAUUCAUUGAGGCAAAUGUUUUCAGACGCACUGCUCAGGAAUGAGAAAGUACGGUUUGUGUGGAGAGCACAGCAAAAAUGAGCUACAGUUUGGGCGGCAGCUUGUCGCGUUUGUCUCAGUGUUACACUUCUUAGCCCAAAAUGUGGAGGUGCUACAAGAAAUCUGGAUAAUUCUUGAUGGUUGCAGAUUAAUCAGGUUUUAUGCCAUGAGAAGGUGUCUCAUUAAGCUCUGUCUGUGGCUCCUCCUCAGGCAGAGACUGGGCGGUGAAGACUUUGUGUUCCGCUGCCUUCUCACACACUGUGACGAGAAAGACUUGUACGACAGAAAUAUUUUUCCAUGUGUCAGAAAUUAUUAUUUAACUUGUAGCUACAACCCUCCGGCAAAAAGGCACAAAAGAAAUGUUGACAAUCAGACUGGGGAGAACUGAUCUUCACUGUUUCUGGUGCUGAGGUGGGUAGUUUGUUAUACCUGUUUAAUUCCUGUAAAUGUCAUAUCAUUUUUAUGUUAACAUUUAUGUGAACACAUGAAUCACUUAACCUUCCUGUAAGCCAUGGUCCACAGGACUUAUCUGAAGGCAACCAAGCCAAUACGAUGAGAAGAUUCACGUAAUAAUAUACAGAAUGCUGUUAAUUUUGUCCAAAUGCAUCGACUAAAACUUCCGCUUGUUUAUCACGACCCUGACACUCUGUAAGCCUGAUAACCACACCACUUUCAAAUACUUGGUGUGUUUCAUUUUGUCUUUUGGGUUACAUCAGAUGAUUUAAGUGCUUACUGCUUACACCAAUUAUUUGCUGUAUGACUGAAAAAAUUAUUGAUACUGAAUGAAUAAACCAAGGUUGUGGAGCUAUGAAGGAUUGUA